AUGGCCGAUGAUGGCUUCACCCUCAACUUUGAACUGCCCAGUGACGCUUUCACUGUGCCGACUACCAAAUUGAAGGGCGGGAGCUGGAAAGACCGUCUUACUGCGAGAAAAUCUGCCGAAUAUGGACGUAAGAAGGCCCAGGAACGAGGUGUCUCGGGUGUGUCCUUGCCAGAUCAGUCUGGAAUCAAGCUGUCGAGGGCGAAAGGGCCUGCUGCAAGUGAUGCCGAUGCUCCAGAGCGAGUGGAUCGAUACGCUGCUGAAGGGCGACCGGCCAAGCGCGCCCGAGUUGGCCACGAUGUGCUUCCCAAAACGAACGAUGGCCAAGUGAUUACCUCUCUAUUCUCCUUCAAUAAGGCUGCGACAGUGCCCAGGGAAGCCAAGCCAGAGACCUCGGAAGAGACCACGGUAGAAGCGAGUAACGCGCCUCUGGAGAACGAUGAGACGGCCAAGUUCACAUCGCUGGGUCUUUCACCCACUCUGGCCGCUCACCUACUGAAAAAGCUGAAUAUCACUGCUCCCACCGCCAUCCAACGUAAAGCAGUUUCUCAACUUGUCUCUCAUGAUACCGACGCCUUCAUUCAGGCUCAAACGGGAUCUGGAAAGACAUUGGCAUAUCUGCUACCCAUUGUCGAGCGCAUCUCGCUCAUCUCGAGGCGCAUGAAAGACGAAGGUGCCAAAUUCGAUCGACAUUCUGGCUUAUUCGCAAUCGUCUUAGCCCCUACACGAGAAUUGGCCAGGCAGAUUGCUGAUGUGCUGGAGUCUCUUCUGUCCUGCUAUCACUGGGUUGUGGGCGGGACGGUGAUAGGUGGCGAAAAUAAGAAAAGUGAAAAGUCACGACUCAGAAAAGGACUGAACAUUCUGGUAGCCACGCCUGGGCGUAUGGCUGAUCACCUGGAGAAUACUGAAGCACUGGAUCUAUCCAACGUUCGUUGGCUAGUACUGGACGAAGGUGAUCGACUCAUGGAGUUGGGUUUCGAGCAAGACAUUCAGAAGAUCAUAAGCGUUCUGAAUCUUCGAUCUAGGAAGCGAGUAGAGAAACCUGUGCCUGGACUCCCAGAGAGGCGCACCACAGUGUUGUGCUCAGCGACAAUCAAAUCAAACGUUGAGCAACUACGAGCAAUCUCACUCAAAGACCCAGUAUCGAUCGCGGUGGACAGCGAUCCGACAGCAGAGGGCGACGGCGAAGCUAUAGAGAACAACUUCUCGGCGCCAGCUCAACUCAAGCAAGGCUACGCGAUCGUGCCACCAAAGCAAAGACUGGUCACGCUCGUUGCUACUCUCAAACAACAAUUCAAGCGCAAAGGCAGCGUGCUGAAAUGCAUCGUCUUCAUGAGCUGCGCAGACAGUGUCGACUUCCAUUUCGAGCUUCUGACUCGCGGGGACAAGACAGCAGCUGUAGAGGACGAAGUAGCGAGCGUCGCUAAGCAGCACAAGCCCGGAAAGCACAGCAAUUCGAGCGUCGAUCGGAAUAAGAUUGCUCAAGGAAACACCAUUGCAGAAACUCGAACAGAAGGCACAGCUGCGUCUCUGUCCAGCCGCGAGUCGGGGGAUAUCAAAAUCUUCCGCCUGCACGGCUCCCUGCAGCAAACCACACGAACAAGCACGCUGAAAGCCUUUUCGACGUGCGAGGAUCCUGCUGUACUGGUAUGUACCGAUGUCGCCGCACGCGGGCUCGAUCUUCCGAACGUCGACCUCGUGAUCGAAUACGACCCUCCAUUCAGCAAAGACGACCACCUCCACCGAAUCGGUCGUACCGCUCGUGCCGGACGUGACGGCAGAGCCAUGAUAUUCCUCCAACCCGGCUGCGAGGAGGGCUACAUUGAGAUUUUGAAAGAAGGCAAACCCAAGAAUCUCACUCGCCACGAAUCCGAGGAACUCCUGCGCAAAGGCUUCUCUCCCACCAGCGGCGUCGUCCUAGGUCGCGAAUGGGAACAGAUCGCCACAGACUACCAACUCGAAAUCGAACGCUGGGCGCUCGAGAACCCCAAACAUCUCGAACAGGCACGACGAGGCUUCCAAUCUCACGUACGCGCAUACGCGACUCACGUUUCUGCCGAACGCUCGAUUUUCAAUAUGCAGGAAUUGCACUUGGGACAUUUGGCCAAGGCGUUUGCGCUCAGAGAUAAACCGGGUGCGAUCAAGGUACCGGGCUUACGACCCGGUGCAGGUACGAAUAAGAAAGGAAAGUCACAUGCGAUUCAGAACGGGAAACGAACGGUGUCGGGUGCCAUGGAUGAUGUCGAGGCUGUUGCGGAUGCGGAUGCCGCCAAGAGAAAAAUGCAACAAAUGUCGAGGAAAAUGGGUGGAGCGAGUGAGUUUAAUCUUGGUUGA